GCGUCUUGGCCGGUUUCCACGCUGCGUCAGUGCGCUGCGGAAGUCGAGGACUGCGUUUUGACUUGGGUACCCUCCUCGCCAGGCACCAUGUUCCUGACCGUUCUCUUGCGCGGCAGCCGGAUCCCCGGGAAGCAGUGGAUCGGGAAGCACCGCAGGCCGCGGAAGGUGACCUGGGGGAUGAAGCAGGGCAUGAUCCGGCGGCUGGAGAUCGAGGCGGAGAACGAGUACUGGCUGAGCAUGGCGUACAUGACCAGCGAGCAGGAGUUCAACCAUUCCGCCGCCCGCAGGCGAGAGAAUUUCGAGGCCAUCAAGCUGGCGCAGGCCGCCAAGUUCCCCCCGCACAGGCUCUUCGAGGACCAGCUCAGCCAUCUCAACGUCUCCAAGAAGUGGUCCUGAGCCGCCGCCGCUGCCCCUGCCCCGGACUGCGCACACCGGGAGCCGCGCCGCGGAAGCCUUCUGUGGC